AUGAUGGCUGUCGCCGUCAGCGCUGAAUCUACCCUCCAUGGCGAGCCAAAUCAGUUCAUUGGCAUCGAGAGCAACGAGACCUCCAAAGCCAAGCCCUACUCCUGGAAGCCGUCUUGGACUGACACAGGCGGCCCCAACUCCAGGAGUGUUGGCAGUUGGCCUCUCACGUUCCAUCCAUCUCCGUUUGGACACCGCUUCACCGUUACUGUCCAGCUAGGCGAUCCUCCUCAGCGUUUUGACCUGGACGUCCACACCGGCAUGGCUACCACCUGGGUCAUAGGUGAAUCCCCCUUCACGGACGGUGGCUGGCCGGUCGCAGGCAAGUCUUGCUACGUGCCAAACAACAAGAGCGUGCACAAGGUCCACAAGAAGGGCUACCAGAACUUUGAACUGUCCUUCCCAGACUGGACGACUGUCGAGGGCACCAUCUACCAGGACCGCGCCCGCAUCGGCGAUGGAGAGAAUGCUAUCGGCUACUGGAUACAGGAGUUUGGUGUCGCCAAGACAAUUCAUCCUCGCCUCGUAUAUGAGAGAAAUCUUUCGGAUGUUCUUGGUUUGGGUCCCAAGUACGACAUCGGGAAGCGCUUGCCCGCGAGUUUACUAACUGCUCUCGGAGGAAGGAGGCCACAUGGACUGGGGCUGCGCAAUGAGUCCCGCUAUACUGGUGAGCUCCUCAAUUUCUGGCACUCCAACACGAAGGUCAAGAAGCAUGUUCCGAAUGCCCACCAUACAAUCAAUACUUCAGCCCUGUACAUCGGCCAGGAGGUAAUGAGGUCGAGACGUGCCCUUACUGCGGGUAUCGAUUCGACCAGUUCGUAUAUUGCGUUGCCUUAUCCAAUGGCGGUGCACUACUACAAGAAACUUGGUAAGAGGGCGGCGCGCAAGUUCCUGCUGCCAGACGGCUACGAGGGCUGGCAUGUCCCCUGCACCUGGAAUCCUCCUGACGUUGUGGUGGAAUUCUCCAACUACACGAUGCGCGACCAAAUGGAUGAGGAGAAGCCAUUUGAGCCGCCGAAAGAGCGCCAAUUUGAUGUCUUGAAGAGCUUUACGAUUCCGGGUGAGAAACUCCUGCUCCAGGAAAUCGGAACGAAUCGGUGCCUCGGCGCCGUCGUGGGAAGAAUUCAGAAGCAAAACCCCGACUUUCUGUUGAGACAAAAGCACCGUUGGCCAGAAAUUGUCCUCGGCUGGCCCUUCUUGCAGAACAAGUUCAUUGAGAUAGAUCGGUCACAUGGCAUCUAUAUCGGCGAGGCUGCUUAG